GUGCCCUGACCGAUGAAGGCCAGCGUGCCGAACACCUUCUUCACCGCCCCGUCUACCUGUGACGUCGCUUUCAACGAACGAGUGGCACCUGGAGUUCAAAGAAAUCACACUGUACCUCGGAAUAAAUGAUCACUCACGCCUUUUCUGGUUUGCCCGAUGUGCCGGCUCCGGUGGAUUCUCAAACCAGUGAGUCAUUAACCAUGUUCAGGAAGUAGGAGCUUCUCACCCAGAGCUGGUUGACUGAGUCCGAUCGAUGUUACACACUCGCCGAGCUCUUGUGGACAGUGAGAUAUGGGCAACACAGUGCGGAGCCCGGGGGAGCAGUGGGCACAGAGUUACACCAACAACCCCUCCUGGGAAGACUACUACUCGGGAGAAUACGACGACCUGACCGUCCUCGCCAACGCCCAGCCCUGCCGGCCGGUGGUGGUGCAGAGCUUCCUACGGGUCUUCGUACCCGUCCUGUACUCCCUGGUGCUGCUGCUGGGCGUGGCCGGCAACGGGAUGGUGAUGGCGGUGAUCGGCCGCUCCAGGGGACGGACGGCCACCGACACCUUCCUCCUGCACCUGGCCGCCUCGGACCUGCUGCUGGCGCUGACCCUGCCCUUCUGGUCGGCCGAGGCGGUGUCCGGCUGGCACGCCGGGAUCGCCCUCUGCAAGGUGGUGGGCGCCGUCUUCGCCCUGAACCUCUACAGUGGCAUCCUCCUGCUGGUCUGCAUUAGCUUCGACCGCUACCUGGCCAUCGUCCACGCCGUGCACAUGUACAGGAGGCGCCGGCCGGUCUAUGUCCACGCCACCUGCGCCGCUGUCUGGCUCUUCUGCACCCUACUGGCCGGCGUGGAUCUGGUCUUCCGCGGGGAGUUCACCUCCGGCUACCUCAAUGGGACGGUCUGCACCUACAUCUUCCCGACGCAGGGGUCCGGGGGCUGGAAGCUGGCGCUGCGCCUGGCCCACCAGCUGGUGGGCUUUGCCCUGCCCCUGGCUGUCAUGGUCUACUGCUACAGCCGCAUCUUCCGGUCAUUGUGCCGGGUGCAGAGAUUCGAGCGGCAAAAGACCCUGAGGGUGGUGGUGGUGGUGGUGGCGGUCUUCCUGGGCUGCUGGGCGCCCUACAACGCCCUGCUGCUGGCCGACACGCUGGAGUGGCUGGGCGCCAUCCGCCCCAGCUGCAGCCUGGCCAACGGGCUGGACAUCGGCCGCAGCGUCACCCAGAGCCUGGGGCUGCUGCACUCCUGCCUCAACCCGCUGCUCUACGCCUUCGUGGGGGUCCGCUUCCGCCGGGAGAUGGCGGGGCUGCUGGGGCGGCUGGGCUGCCCCGGGGUCAGCCGGAGGACCAGGCAGGUGUCCCGCGGCAAGAGGGGGUCCUCGGGCACCUCCGACACCUCCACCACCUACUCGACCCUGUGGUAGGUGGUCCCGGGGUCUGCCUCCCUCCGACCCUCACUCCGUCUCUCUCUCCCUCCAUCAAUCCCUCCGUCCCUCACUCCAUUCACCCCUCACUCCCUCCAUCCCUCCCUCCCUCCAUCCCUCACUCCGUCCACCCCUCACUCCAUCCCUCCCUCCGUCCCUCUCUCCCUCCAUCACUCCCUCCCUCUGUCCCUCCAUUCACCCCUCACUCCGUCCCUCCCUCCCUCCAUCACUCCCUCCAUCCCUCCCUCCCUCCAUCCCUCACUCCGUCCACCCCUCACUCCAUCCAUCCCUCCCUCACUCUGUCCCUCACUCCGUCCAUCCCUCCAUCCCUCCCUCACUUCCUCCCUUGCUCACCAUCCCUCACCCUCCAUCCCUCCGAACCUUACUCCCUCCUUCCCUCUCUCCCUCCUUCCCUCCCUCUCUCCGUCCCUCCCUCAUCCUUCACUCCAUCCCUCUCUCCGUACCUCCAUCCCCCCUUUAAUUCCCCCUCCGUCCCUCUCUCCCUCCCAUCUCUCCCUCCUCCCCUCCACUCCCCCUCCCCUCCCCCUCCUUCGCAAUCUCGCAGCGACUGCCCCUCCCCUCUCCGGAGGUCCUACAGACGCCUCACGGUCCAACUGUGGGCAGCACAGCAAGAUCCCACAGGUGGGGCGAUGUGACGCUGAGCAGUGAGGACCCCCCCACCACCCCCAGGGGACAACUUCCCCACUCCUCCCCAUUCAUGUCUCCCUCCCUCACCCCUUGCCCUUCCCCAACCCCUGCUCGGAUCGGCCGAGCGACCACGGGAGCCGUCACCUCCUCCGGCAGGAAGGCAAGGCCGAGACGUGGGUCGCAGCGCCCAGUGCAGAGGGGAGAACAGUCUGGCUCUUCCCAAAAUCCAGGAACGGGAGGAACCCCAGAGACCGGCAGGGUUUGGGGAGUUCACCCAAAGGAACAGUGCGCCCUCGAUGGGCAGAAUGGCCUCCCACCAGUCCAGCCGUGGGCUUCGCACAUUGAGUCCCGUGGCUGGAGUCCGUGUCCCGGGGCAAGGGAAUGACCGACGGGAUCGAAACUGAUUCUGGAUGUUCCGACUGGUCUCGCUGUAGGUCGGACGUCCCAGUGUAUUCAAUUCACCAAUAAAGCAGCGACUAACUCA